UUACUUUUCAUUCGAAUCAGAUCAAAGUCAGAGAUCUCAAUCAGAGACCCAAAUAAUUAAAAUUCUCUCUAAAAUUGUCUCCAACUGUCUCUCUUCCUAACCAUUCAAUUUCAUUUUCCCCAAUCUAAUAUAAAACUCCCGUCUUCUUCGACACCCACCUCUUAUAUUCUUCAGAUUCUCUCCUUUUCUGUACUGCUUUCUUCAGAGUUCAACGAUCUUUAUAUACAUAUAAUAUAAUUCAGAUUCUGGACACAAAGCUCUUCAUCUGCGAUCUGGGUUUUGCUUUUUGAGGUCAAUAGAGACAUCAAUGAUGUUUGGAGAAACAACAAAUGACUCUGGUGGAGAAAUUAAGGUGAGUUUCGGUUAUCAAUGCAACGAUAAACUAGGUAAUUCUUGUGACGUUCCCAGUGGAUAUGAAACUUCUUCCGGGAUUAAACUCCGAAGAGCCAGCAGUUCCUUCUCUUGCCUAUCCGGGGCUGCCAUAAGUGCCAACGCCACGCUUGCCAACACUAACAUCUGCAAUGGCUUAAUCGGGGCGGAAAUACUUCGAACUUGGGACUCUCCCAAAUCAUUUCGAAGAAUUCCAUCGUCACCCUCUGUGUCAAAGUUGGAUCUACUAUCAUCAUCUCUCCAAAGCAGUAUGUCGAACCUGAGUUGUAGUCCUUCGACUCCGAGUGAACACGAUUCGUUUUUGUUAAAACCCAUGAGUGCUCCUUCCAGAAGUGAAGGUUUCCUAAAUGCUAUGGAAGUACAAGUGGCAGGUGGUGCUGCUGGCGAAGACAGAGUUCAAGCUGUUUGUUCCGAGGAAAAUGGGUGGCUUUUCUGUGCAAUCUAUGAUGGUUUUAAUGGAAGAGACGCAGCUGAUUUUUUGGCUGGAACGUUUUAUGAGACCAUUGGUUUCUACCUUAACUUAUUAGAUUGGGAACUGAAGAAAGAUUCUGUUGGAGAGUCUGAUUGUUUGGAUUCAGAUGGGUCCCUCCAAUAUGUUUUUGAAGAUAAUGAUGUUAAUAAGAUGCAACGAUCAUCACCUUCGUUCAAGAAUAGGGUUCUUGAUAGCCUCCAACGUGCUCUUAAUCAGGCCGAGAAUGAUUUCUUGUACAGGGUUGAACAGGAAAUGGAGGACCGACCUGAUUUAGUAUCAAUUGGAUCUUGUGUUUUGGUUGUACUUCUAUAUGGUAAGGACUUGUAUAUACUUAAUUUAGGUGAUAGUCGAGCUUUAUUAGCAACUUAUGGCGAAGGCGGUAAUGUGAAUGAGAGCAAGAAACUGCAAGCUAUACAACUCACUGAAAGUCAUACGGUGGACAAUGAAGUUGAAAGAAAUCAACUUAUACAUGAUCACCCAGAUGACCCUGCACCAAUUUUUGGUGGAAAAGUGAAGGGAAAGUUGAAGGUCACUCGCGCAUUUGGAGUUGGUUACCUGAAAAAGAGAAAUAUGAAUGACACUUUGAUGGGCAUUCUUCGAGUUCGUAACCUUGUAAGUCCUCCAUAUGUCUCCAUUCAACCAUCAUUGAACGUCCACAGAGUCUCGAGUUCUGAUCACUUUAUUAUACUCGGGAGUGAUGGUUUGUUCGACUUCUUCACCAAUGAUGAGGCUGUAAGUCUUGUACAUUUCUAUAUGUUGAACAACCCUUCUGGGGAUCCAGCAAAGUUUCUAUUGGAGCAACUUGUAGCCAGAGCAGCUGAUUCUGCAGGUUUCAGUACAGAAGAGUUGAUGAGUAUACCAGCUGGUAGGAGAAGGAAAUACCAUGAUGAUGUAACUGUAAUUGUGAUCAUCCUGGGGAUGAAUAAGCGCACUUCAAAGGCAUCGACUUGCCUGUAAGUCAAUUCUAUAUUCGUUUUCUGACGAUUUCAAAUGUUUCAUACUCUGUAAUAAUAGUGUUGGGCUUGUAUAUAUUUCAUACCCUCUCUCUCUCUCUCUCUCUCUCUCUCUCCAUAAGUUUACCAUGCAAUUUUGAAAAGCAUUGAAAACCUUCUUGAGCAUGUAAACAAAAAUUUUGUUCUUUUAUUGUAUUAUGUUGAAGUAAAUCUUUUCAAAAUGGUACAA